AUGCAACUGUGGAAUACUAAUUUAAGCACACCAGAGAGGAAUGUGACCUACAGUCCAAUCAUCCCAGGCGCUUGGGCUGCAGCAGGUUUGCACGAGGUCGAAGUGUACAGCACUACUUGGCGAAAGUUUGCAGCGGAGUUCAUAGGAACAUUCCUGUUGGUCCUCGUAGGAUGUGGCUCUACCACUGUAGCUUGGUCUGAAGGAUACAAGCCAACGACUGUUCAAAUUUCACUGGCCUUCGGGCUGAUUGUUGCAUGUGUUGUUCAGUGCCUGGGCCAUGUGAGCGGCGCGCACGUAAACCCAGCAGUAACGGUGGGCCUGUUGUCAGCCGGCCACGUUUUCCUCCUGAGGGCCGUGAUGUACAUAGCGGCCCAGUGUGCUGGCGCAAUAGCUGCUGCUGUUGUCCUCAAGGCGCUGACACCAGAGGAGUCCGAGUCGACAUUAGGUGUGACGGCAGUCAGCCCACAUUUGACGCUGACGCAGGCGGUCUUCGUGGAGGCUUUCAUAACAUUCUUCUUGGUGAUGACGGUGUUUGGCGCCAGGUCUGCCAGGGGCAGUGCUGGAUUUGCCAUUGGCUUAUCCAUCACGACAUGCCACCUGUUCGCGAUGCAGUACACAGGUGCUAGCAUGAAUCCGGCUCGCUCACUUGGGCCUGCAAUGGUGACUGGUGUGUGGCACAAUCACUGGGUGUACUGGAUGGGACCACUCGCAGGAGGCAUUGCAGCUGGCGCCAUGUCCAGUUGUCUCUUCAGACCAAGCGUCCCUAAAGCACCAGUCAGACCAACUAGAGACUCUGAACACAGGCCCCUACUUUCAUAA